AUGGGCGGCGGUGUAUCAUCUCUCCCGGCGGAGGUCUCGCUUGCCGAGGCCAAGGAGCUGGCGGGCGCCAGGUGGCAGCCCGCGUGGGAGGAGAAGUUCGCGGAAGCCAAGAUCUCCAGGGAUGAAGCAAUACAAUGCUGGAAGGAGUCCAAGGCCGCGAUCUCCGAGGAGCUUUACGAAAAGCUCCACGGCAUCGACCGAUCCAGCGUUGCGGAGGCGCUGGAUUUCUCGGCCAUCGUGAACGAGAAGCGCGGGCAGCACCUGCCCGGCACGCGCGAAUGGGUCUUCGAGGCGGUGCUCCGCUGGCGGACCGACGCUGAUAGCGCCAAGCUCUUUUGGGUUGUGGGUGGCGGCGGCACGGGCAAGAGCGUGGCGGCGGCUGAAUUGCUCGCGCGACUGCUCGAUAAACAAAAUGCGGCCGCGUGGCAUUUCUGUAAGCACACCGAGCCGGCGCGGUCCGCGCCAACGGCGCUGCUGCGCUCUCUCGCGGGCAUGCUGUGCGCGACGGUGGAGGGCUUCGAAGACGCGCUGAAAGAGAGCGCGGGCGUCGAAAGCGACAAGGUCGACGAGCUCUUUGAGGCUUUAGUAGCGAAGCCGUUGCGAAGCGUCAAGGCGCCGCGUGGCGCGGACGACGCCCUCGUAUUAGUCAUAGAUGCGCUCGACGAGCUGCCCCGCGACGCGCUCAAGCCCGUGCUAUUGCUGCUCGCGACCGAGCUCAAGACGCUGCCGCCGUGGAUCAAACUCGUGGUCACCAGCCGCGACGAGGCGCAGAUCAAGUCUGCCAUGUCCGGCUACACGCCGUCGGAGCUGCGCGUCGACGAGGCGCGGAACCGGCAGGACGUGAGGGCGUACCUGACUGAACUCGCGAAGGAGCACGUCGAGCUCGAGGUGACGAUGGACUCGCUGCGGCACGAGGUCGAGGCGAAGUUCCCGGGCUUGAAGAAUCUCGACACGUUUGCAGAUCUAGAGGACCCGCUGCGCCGGUCAAAGGGCGCGUACGACGAGGCGGUCCGCGGCGUUGCUGGGAUCCACGAGCUCGAAAAGUAUAAGGAGCGACGUCUCGACUUGAUACAAGACGAGACUGACUUCGACAAGCUGUACGCCGACGCAGCUCUUGCGCAGACGAUAUUGGUCGAUGCGCUGAAGACGCUGCCGGGCGACGUGUCGGAUCCGGGCGUGAAAGGGCGUGGAUCCGCGGAGCGCAAGCUCGCGGACAAGUACACCGACGAGAAUGGGGUGCCACAUCCCGAGAAGUUUCGGGAUCUAGCCCGUGCGACGGUCCUGUUAAGCGAAGAUGGUAAAACAAUUCUGUAUCAUGCGUGUGAAAACGGGAGUGUGGACGCGGCGCAGCUGUUGCUGGACAAAGGGGCGGAGGUCGAUCGGGACAAGGACGGCCGGACGCCGCUGUACGCCGCCUUCGAAAAAGGCCACAUCGACGCGGCGCAGCUGUUGCUGGAGCGCGGCGCGAAGAAGGUUGACCAGGCGGACGAGGACGGCAGGACGCUGUUGUACAUGGCUUGCGAGAGCGGCCAAAUCGACGCGGCGCGGCUGUUGCUGGACAACGGCGCGGAGGUCGACCGGGCGACAAAAGACGGUCGGACGCCGCUCUAUCUCGCUAGCACGUAUGGCCGCGUCGACGCGGCGCGGCUGUUAUUAGAUAAAGGCGCGGACGUUAAUAAGGCGGACGAGGACAGUGCGACGCCGCUGUUAAUGGCCUGCCUGACCGGCCACGUCGACGCGGCGCGGCUGUUGUUAGACAACGGCGCGAAGGUCGAUCGGGCGGAGAAGCAAGGUGCGACACCGCUGUUCGCUGCCUGCCAGAACGGCCACGUCGACGCGGCGCGGCUGUUGCUGGACAACAGCGCGGCGGUCGAUCGGGCGAUGAAUGAAGGCGCGACGCCGCUGGCCAUCGCAAAACAACAGGGCCACUCGGCCGUCGUCGCGCUGCUCGAGGAACACUUGGAUUCGAAAUUCCCACUUCACGCUGCAGCAAGGACCGGCAACGUCGAGGCGAUGACUCAACUCCUGGACGGCGGCGCCGCGACUGACCAGACGAUGGGGAACGGCGAGACGCCGCUCUGGAUUGCUUGUCAGGUCGGCCAGGCCGACGCCGCGCGGCUGUUGCUGGAGCGCGGCGCCGAGGUCGACCGCACGUCAACUUGGAAUACAGCGAAGGGUGUGACGUCGUUGAUGGUCGCCGCGCUUGGUAGUCACAUUGAUGUGAUGCGGCUUUUAUUGGAGCGGGGCGCGGAAAUGGAUAUGACAGAGAGCUAUGGUAACACGGCGCUUAUGUUCGCCUGCUACGAAGGCCACAUCGACGCGGCGCGGCUAUUAUUAGGGCGGGGCGCCGAUAUCACGCGGGCGGCGACGUCUGGUCCCGGGCAUGGCAUGGAUGCAUUAGCUCUGGCAAAGCAUGCGAAACGAGCCGCCGUCGUCGCGCUGCUCGAGGAGCAUCAGAAGUGACCGCGGCGCCGGCGCCGAGGGGAGAGUAAUAGUACGAC